GAGGCAUCUGUGUGACGUUUCCACUCAUCUAGUUUCCAUAGAAACUAACAACAUUAGCUAAACCAGCGUUAGCUCUUACUUUAAGUUGGCAGGAAUUAACUAGUUUGUCAUAUUUUUAGUGAUAUUGCUGUACAAAAUAUAAUAUGUUAGUGUCUAAUUAAAUAGCAACACUGUUGACAAGUUGACUCUCUAACUUCAACUCACAAAGUUUAUUGGUUUUUUUUGGUGUUUGACGUUCUUGUCAGACAGCUAACUAGCUAAAUUAGUGUUAGAUUAGUAAGUCACCUUAAGAUGUCAUUCACUGGCAGUACGGGGGCUGUUUUGCAGCAGGUCAAUCAGUUUUGGUCCAUGCUGGAUGAUCUUUGUGAGAAUGACCCCGAAGCCUACCACAAGUUCAUCGAGAAACAGAUGAAGGAAGGAGCUGAAUAUAGUGCACCGCCUGAGCUCGACUCAUGUCUGUGCACUGACAUACUGGAGCCGGGGAAAGGGUUGUUAUACAUCAACAUAUGCAGCUGGAAACGUGUGCCUGCGCCUCAGGAUCCCAGCAAGCCAUUACCUGUGUGUGCAGGAAAACUGGAAACAGACACAAAUGAAGGCCGCUACGCUGUGUUGGAUGUGGCAUUAAACGCUUCAGUGCUACAGGAAAGUAAGAAAGACAAAACAGAGAUGAACCAGGUUUAUAUGCUGGCACUGAGCUUUGCCCAGCAGCAGCAUGGGUUCAGGUUAUCUCACCAGUACACUGUCGUCAGCCAUAGCCCAAAAAGUAACCCAGAUGACUUGUACCGGCGCCUUGGGUUUCAGCAGAGGCCCAACACAGCCAAACAACCUGACACAGGUGGAGUAAAAAGCAUACAGACACCAGCUGCCCUCCUGCAGCAGAUCUCCUGUCUACGUUCAGAGAAACAAGACAAAGAUCCGGCAGCACAAAUUAUCUGUAGACCUGCGGAGCACAAGAAGAAGGGUUUAAUCCAGGUCAUCUCCACCACAUAUCAGCAGCCUCAGAAGCCAGACUACCAACUAGAGGUGAAGACUGAUACAGCAGGAGUUCCUUGCAACGUGGAACUGACAGUGGAGCUGCCAAAGGUUAGCUCCAUGUCAGAGUGCCAGCUGAGAAUAUCCAAGGAAGAUGUCUUAUUGGAAGUGGAGGAUGUCUACUAUUUGCUUUUGGAGUUCCCAAAAACUGUAAAUGAAGACACUGCAGCUGCCAUAUUUAACAAGAAGAAACGAAGACUUACUUUAAAAGUGGAUAUUUUAUGACAUUUCAAAGCCAAUCAAUCUGAAGUUAUUUGCCUCCAUCAGCCCCCCUGCCAUGAUUGGGCAGAGGACGCUUCUGCUACUAAGAAUACCUUCAAUAACCAAAACAAAUUAAAUUUCUUCAAUCUGAAAUACCUUGUGAACACAUGGAGGGACUUGUUCUGAAAUAAAUUUGUCAGUGUCC